GCUUGGGACGAGGUGAAGACGACCACUUUAAAUGGGGCCUGGAGGAAACUGUGUCCACAGUUUGUGCACAGUUUUGAAGGCUUUGACCAGGCAGAAGACGUCGAGACUGUGACGAGGAAGAUCGUAGGGCUAAGCAAGAGGCUGCAACUAGAUCUUGAACCUGAUGAUGUAACAGAGCUGCUGGCUUCCCAUGGAGAGGAAUUGUCUGCAGAGGACUUACUAGAACUUGAACAACAAAUGAUUGAGGAAGAGGAGGCGGCACCAGAGCCAAAACCCAGGUCAUUAACUGUGAAAGGCUUGUCAGAGGGUUUUACUCAUCUGGAGAGAGCCUUGGCUUCUUUGAGGCAGAAGACCCUAACGUUUCUAGGUUUGACAAAAUCAAGAGAGGAAUCAUGGAUUUGGUGACUUUCUACAAGGAGACCCUGAAGGAGAAGCAGACGAAGAGAAGUGUGCAGUCCAGGCUUGACACUUUCUUUCACAAGUCUCCAGUACCACCACCUCCCACUCCUAGUCCUGAAGUGGUGACAGUUCCAGAUCCCCCUGUACUACCUGUGACAGUUCCAGAUCUCCCUGUACUACCUGUGACAGUUCCAGAUCUCCCUGUACUACCUGUGACAGUUCCAGAUCCCCCUGUACCUGGACCCUCUGUAUCAGCCCGCCCACCUGCACGUGUACAAUCAGACCCCUUUGAUAGUGACAGUGACCCAGAUGACCCUGAGCCUUUCCAUGGUUUUGAUGCCUCGCCCUAUACAUCAGAUGUAGAUGUUCCCUCAUCAGUUGAUACAAGUAUCACCUCCCCAGAGCCCAAAUCAGUUGAUACGAGUAGUAUCACCUCUCCCAUUCCUUCAGACUCCCAAGCACCUGCCCAUCCCACUCCAUAGCCCAGCCACCCACUCUCAUGUACCAUAUGACCAUCCCAGUAAGCAAGCCAACCACUAGAAUUUGACUGGCAUGCACCUGUGACUUACAUAAACCAGACCUCUACAUAGCCUACAUGUCUUCAUUUUGCUGGAGACUGCCCAUCAUCCUAGCCUGUUAUCUGUGAUAAAGCACACUGAAGUCAGGUUUGGAAUGCAUCCUUAUCAUGAAUGCUCUACACCUCCACCUCCAUCUCCCACAACCUAGGUAACAGCUUUGAGACUCACUAAAAGUUGAACCCCCUGAAUGAUGUAGGCUAUGGGGCCACAUAAGACUUUGUCCAUCCAGGGUUACGAUGAAUGUAAAAUAUAAACUAAAGAACCAACAUUUUUCACACAACUCCAGGUUGUUACUACAAGUGUCAUCAAGGGAUAACUACAAGUAGAAGCACCAUUUUUGGAUGGAAAAAACCCUUCAGGAAAGUAUACGUAUCACAUGUAACAUGUAGUGUAACAAAGUAUGAACAGUAAGGUUUUUACAUACAGUAGUACAUAUUACGUACAUACGUACAUAACUUUUUUUUACAGGAAUUUCCAACCAAGUUUGAUUAUGUACAUAUGUAGUACAUGUUAUAAACCACUGUACGU